CGCGUGCCUCUGCCCCUGCACCUCCUCCACUGCAGCCAGGAACAGCAGCAGCAGCCCUACUCCAACCCAGGGCUUUCUGCCUUUUGCCUCCCUGACGGCAAAGCCCAGUAGCCGGAUGGAGAAGGAAGUGGGACUGGUUUGACCAAAUUUGACUGUGACAAAUUGGCUCCGGCUGUUCCCUUCUCCCCUCAGUGCCCCCGGUGCUGUCCCCAGCUGCAGCCAGCCCACCCUUGGCGUGGUGGGGACACCUGCAAGGGGCUCUUCAUGCCCUGGCUGCUGUCUCCAGGCUGCACUGCAGUGCUGCUGCCUGCAGAGUGGGCACCCCUCCGGCCCCCAGUGCCCAGCAGCAGUGCUGAAUUGCCAUGAGGCUGAGCCACAGUGGCCCUGCUCCUGCACCAGCACCACUAGCAUCUGUGUGGGCCCUGCCAAUGUCCCCCAUGCCUGCAGCUCUCCUCCCAGCACAGCCACAGCGAUGGUGCCUCUGUGCCACGCAGAGCAGACCCGGCACACAUCAGUGCCAGGCAGGACAGACCUGGAGCAGGCACCCCAUGUCCCCAGUGUGCCUGCAGCCCCCAGCAGACUGCCCUGCCCCACACAGGGGCCUCCCUGUCUUCUCAGGGGCUGUUUUUCCUCCUACCCCAGCCUCCCAGCAUGCCGGUAGCCACAAGGACAGGACGUGCUGCCUAUCUGAUAGGAGCAGUCUCUCUUGGCACUGCGGCUGGCGGCAGAGGGGCCGCGGCACGGUGGUUUUGGGCACGGGGAAGUGCUGGUGAUGGGGUGGGGGGAGCCUCCAGGCAGGCUUCCUGAGCAGCACAGCCACAGCUUCCCAGAUAAAGGUAUUGCCCAGAGGAGCAGCAGCAGCUGCCAGGGCGCUGGGAAGAGCUGAGUGUGGCACGCGUAGCCCUGGCACACGGGCUGCAGGAUGGCAGUCUGCCUGCGCCAGGGCUGUCUGCUCUCGCUGCUCUCUGCCGUCCCGCUCAGCCUCUGCAGCCCACCAUCAGCCCCUGAGCCAGUCACAGCCCAAGAUGCUGCGCUACUGGCGGGGGUGCCCGAGGACAUCCUCUGCUUCUCCCGCUCCUUCGAGGACCUUACCUGCUUCUGGGAUGAGGAGGAGGAGGUGCCCAGUGGGACGCGCCACUUCUACUACCGGUACAGCAGGGAUGCACCCACGGCGUGCAGCAUCUCCACGUGGCACCAUAGGGCCAAUACCACACGGCACGUCUGCGUCUUCCCCAGCCAGGAUGUGCGGCUCUUCACACAGCUCUACCUUCACGUCCUGGAUGUCACCACCAACCAGACCAAGUACUCGCGGGAGCUCAGCGUGGACACAGUGGGUCUCAUCGCACCCCCAGCAAACAUCUCUGCCCGCUGGGCUGGGGCUGUGGGGCAGCUCCACGUGUCCUGGCAGCCGCCACUCGCUGACUACCCGAGCUUCUUCCUCUACGAGUUGCAGUGCUGCCCCGCCAGCAACACAGAGAUGCUCUGCAGCACCGCGCCGGACCGCAGCAGGCAGCGCCGCAGGGACACCCCCGGACAGACAGACCUCAGCACCCACACCCCCACGGCCGGGACAGCCACAGCGUCCCCAGGAGCAUGGCAGCCUGGCCCCUCUCCUGCAGGGGCUGGUCCAGGCCAACACCUGGGUGGUCCUGCGGGACCUGUGGCCAGGGGUGAGGUACCACAUCCAGGUGCGCAGCAAACCCGACGGCACCUCCAUGGACGGCGUCUGGGGGCCCUGGUCACAGGCAGUGGUUGCAGAGACCCCCCGCUCCUCUGGGAGAAGCAGCCCACCUUGGCUCUCGCCUGCCCAGGAGACAUCGGGCUGUGCUGCAGCACCCCUGACCUGAGGCACAUGCACUGCAAGUGGGGCUGGGACCCUGCGGAGCCCCACGGCUCCCAUCAGCUCUUCUACCGGCCACCUCCCAGCGGGGCUGGCACAAGGGAAGACGAAUGGCAGUGGUGCGAGGAGAUGAGCGUGGGGGCACAGGGCACCCACACCUGCACCUUCCAGCCCAGGGCUGGCAGUGCCAUCUCUGUCCUGGUGAACGUCACUCAUAGCCCCACGUUGCCCACGCGCAGCUACUUCAAGGAGCCGUUCUGGCUACACCAGGCUGUGCUCACAGAGGCCCCGCAGCUCACACAGGCGACGGUGUCGCAGGGCCGGCUGAGCCUGCAGUGGCUGCCGCCUCUGGAGGCGCUGGCAGAGCAGCUGGACUACCAGGUCCGCUAUGCCACGGAGAACAGCCACGACUGGAAGGUCCUGCAGGUCCCACGGGCAGCAAGGAAAGAAGUGCUGGACCUCCGGCCAGGUGCCCGCUACCGCGCCCAGGUGCGGGCCCAGCCCAGCGGGCCGUGGUACCGGGGCAGCUGGAGCGCCUGGUCCAAACCUGUCACGGUCGAUGCCGUAGCUGAUGCGGGCUGGGUCAUCCCGAGCAUCACCGUGGUGCCGCUGCUCUUCACCGGAGCGCUGCUGGGGCUGCGGUGCACCUUCCCCUCCCUCUACAGCAAAAUGAAGCAGAAGCUCUGGCCCCCCGUCCCCGACCUGCACCGCGCCCUGGGCAGCUUCCUGCACGAAAGCAGCAAGCACAGCCAGGUAAGGGCGCAAGGACGGGGCGCAAAGCGGCUGCGCCCCGCCCGGGGGCAGCUCGAAGCGGAGCCUUCACCGCCCGUGUACCCCCAGGCCCACGCCUUCUACAAGCAGCCGCCGGAGGAGGCCAUCCUGCCGUGCCCGCUGGAGGUGCUGCCGGGCCCGCUUCGGGACGCGGGCGCGCCGCCGCCAGAGCACGCUGCCGGCCGGCUGCCCGGCACCGACAUCGCCAACCAGUCCUAUCUGCUCAUGAGCGGCUGGGAGCCGCGCGGGCCGCCCUCAGCCGCGCUCUCCGCCCCGACAUAAACCAGAUGCGCAGCUA